AUGCUUCCCAUGUUUCAACACUUGGCAAAAAUGGCGAACCCAGGACCCGAUCCAGCAAUUCUUCUUGCAAAAGCUACUGAAAAACUUCGAAUUGUCAAAGAGGAAGAGAGGAGAAUCAUUGACAUAAUUUGGUGAGUUUCUGGUUUAGAAUAGUACAAUAAUUUUGAGAUGGACUGUCUAGGAAAGAGGGUUGAGACCAAAAUUGAGCUUGUCAGUAAUUUUGAUGAAAAACCAGGCGACACUGAGAAAAUGGCACAAAUUUGGUAUCAUUCGGUAGAGCAAAUUUUUUUCUGGAAAAUUUGUUAAGAUCCCGAAAUUUUCAUUGAAAAAAGCUGGGGUUGCGGUGAAAAUUUGAAAAAAAACAUACAAAAAUGAACUGGAAGCAGUGUGUGUGUGUGUUUCUUAUGAUUGUCCGCCAAAAGGGUGGGUGCACAUGUGCGAGCAAACGGGAGCGGGAUAUUCACUUUUGCUAAAAACCUUAAUCCCAAAUUCUAGACAAUAAUCGUGUUCCUUGAAAUAGAAUUCCUAGAUUCGACCCUACAGUAAGUAUCAUUACACCUAUUUCUGAGUUUCUCAACUUUCCGUCCGCGGUUCUUUUUCAGUUUAUGAAACAUUCUGAUUUCCAAGAAAAAUCAUUAUUUUCAUAUAGUUUUCGAAAAAACGUAUAUUUAUUUAUCACAAUUCGUCAUUUUUCACAUUUCGCCCAAUUAAAAAACAAUUUCCCGACAAAAAAAGAGCCAUCGAUCUUUUUCAUUUUUUGUGUGUGUUCUUCUGAUUGACACAUUUUCACCACCAACGAAGAAAUUGGAAAUUGGAAACAAAAAAAGAAAUUGAAAUACAAGAGAGGGGGGUGUCCUUUAUUGUCCAUAUUGAACACGUGUGAAAUAGAUGGAUCGAAAAAAUUAGAGAGAAAGAGAAAGAAGAUUUAGAAACACAACAGUAAAAGGAACAUUCAGAAUUCUAUCUAGAUUAGAAAUAUCCUGGGUUGGAUUAGUUGGUGCAUAUAUUUUUGAAAAACUCAGGAUUCUAAACUAAUGGUGUGAGGACUCUUGAGUUAUCCCCAAUUCUCAGAAAGUUUCCUGUAAAAUUUUGUCGUCAAUCAUGAUAUUUUCAGUCAAUCUCCGGAAAUCAAAAUGACAAGCGAUGAUUUUCGUUUCAUCUUGUUCAAAGAUGGCAAACCUAUGUUUGACAGUAAAUAUUUCAAACCCGACAAUGCUCCGAACGAAAACAAUAUUCCGAACGAACCACCCAAUUAUGAUUUAUUCAAUGCUGCUCAUCUACCAACUAUUUGUGCACCAAUAAUUGAUGAAAUUGAAAUUAAUGUUGUUGGGUUAGUUAUUUUUUCUGAUAUUUGAAACGAUUCAAUUAUUUUUCAUUAUUUUACAGACAGGAAUAUAUGGCAUCCGUUGGAUUUCCACGAAAAGCGCGUGGAGAACCAAGACCACUUUGUUAUGCAGACAAACCAAUUCGAUCAUUCCGUGAUCUUCAAAAAACAACUAUCACCACAGAUAAAACAAAAACUUAUUGGCGUGCAAAGUAUCCAGGAGAUAUUAUUCCAUGGUCUUGGCAUUUUGAAAAACCACAAACAGGAAAAAAUCUACUUAGUUUUAGAGAUUGUCGAAUCUUAAAAUUCAGAAGAUUUCAAAUGGAACAAAUAAGACUUCAUCAAUUCAUUGGUUAGUUUUCAGAAUACAUUUUUGGAAUAUUUUCACAUGAUUUUUUUCAUUACAGAAAAACGCGAGUAUUACUUCGAAGAAAAACCGGAUAUCCAAUUUUGCAUGGCAAUUCUUGUUCCAAUCAAACAUCGUGAAUUCAUUUUGAAUCACACAAUUUAUCUCGAAAGAGAGCUGCAAAGAAUGCGAAACUGGGUCAAGAAUUUUGUAGUCAAUUCACGAGAUUACAAAGUGAUGCUCCAUAACAGAUGGCGCGAAAUGACUGAUGCAUUCUUGAAUAUUCAUAACUCACCAAAACUGAAACAGCCAUUUUGGGCUUCAAUGACGAGACCAACAGAACACGACAAUCCACAGACCCUCGAACAAUGUUUUCGUAUAACCGGACAUUGUUUUUUUGAUAUUAUCAAGAGAUUGGAAGGAAAUCAACAAUUUGUUUCAAAAUUGUUAACCGCUUUUCUGAGUCAUAAUUUGUCAUGGAUUAACACGAUUCCACACAUUCCUAGAGAACAAGAAGGUGGUAAUACUAAUAUUCGUUGGAAUUUAGAAUUAGUCAGAAAAUUUCUGGUAAGUUUAUUCAGUUUUUUCUUGAAAAUAAUAACAAUUGUCAUAUUUCAGCAAGAAGAAAUUCCAUUUAGACCACACAGUUUGGAAUUGCUUAACUAUUUGGAAAUGAUUGGAAAUUGUGGUCCAUUUGAUACAGUUAAAGUGGUUAUAACUGGUAGUAAUGAGAAAGAUAUUGCUCAAAUUUGCCAAAUGAUGACAUAUUUUGCAAGAUUCACUUUUGAAAAAGAUGGGGAGCCUUCAAUCGAGGAAGGAGAAAGUGGAAUCAGUUCUGAUGAAGAUCAUUUGCUCGAAGCUUACUUAGAAAGACUAAAUAAUGAACGGGAAAGGAUUCCAAAUGCAAUUAGAAGAGUCGAACAAAAUUAUGUCUCCAAAUUUCCACGUUUUCAUGAAAAAAUGCAAACGAUGAGAGAUCUUGUUUCCGGACCUAUCACCAAAUUUUCGGAUUAUUUUGCAGUUCAAGGAAUCGUCAAAACACCUGAUAAUAACACUUUUGACAGGUAUGCAAUUUUUUAAAAGUUUUUUAAAACUUUAACCAUAUAUCGAUUAUUUUUUCAGAAUGAUCAGAGAACUUCGAAAGAAAGAUGAAAAUGUUGCAUAUUUACCCUACAUCAAUGAGAAGAUAUCAAAACUCAAUUAUCCACAAAAUAUUUACAUUUAUGCCGAUAUUGAUGAUCGUAGCGUUCGUAUUGUUUCUGACAAAACUGUCGAUCAAAUUCUGCAACCUUCAAAAUCCAUUGUCGAUUUUCUUCAGAGAGUUAAACAACAAGAUUUCAAUGGAUCUGACAUUUUAGUUGAAAUGGAUGACUUGCUUCGUGAUAUGGUUCAAAAAAGUGAGACAUUGGUAGAAACGUUGAGAGUGGAAUCAACUGUAAGUUUCAAUAUGUUUUUGAUAGAGUAUUUCUCAAAUCAUGAAUUUUACAGGCUCAAUUCAUCGAAAUCGAAAGAAUUUGUACUAUCGUUGAUUGCGACGAAUCAGAUGUCAGAUUGCUUAUCAAUUUGGCUUCAACCUAUUUCCCGCUGACAUUGAUGACUCCACGCGAUCCAAAGCUCUCCUCGUGGUGCUAA